GUCUGGCUCCCUGCCAUGAAAGCCAAGGGGCUGGAGAUCUCUGGUACCUUCAGCCGGCAGGUGGGCUCCAUCUCCAUGGACCUCAUGCUGACGAACAAAGCCCUGCAGGUCAUGUCUGACUUUGCCAUCCAGUUCAACCGCAACAGCUUUGGCCUGGCCCCAGCAGCUCCUCUCCAGGUCCACGCACCUCUUGCCCCCAACCAGUCCGUGGAGAUCUCCCUUCCACUGAACACUGUGGGCUCUGUCAUGAAGAUGGACCCUCUGAACAACCUCCAGGUCGCGGUAAAAAACAACAUUGAUGUCUUCUACUUCAGCACCCUGUACCCGCUGCACAUCCUGUUCGUGGAGGAUGGGAAGAUGGAGCGGCAGAUGUUCUUGGCCACUUGGAAGGACAUUCCCAAUGAGAACGAAGCCCAGUUCCAGAUCAAAGACUGUUCUCUCAAUGCAGAUGCCGUUAGCAGCAAACUCCAAGGCAGCAACAUCUUCACCAUCGCCAAGAGGAACGUGGAGGGUCAGGACAUGCUCUACCAGUCCCUGCAGCUCACCAACGGCAUCUGGGUGUUGUUGUCCCUGAAAUGCCGAGCGCCAGAGGUGUCCCAGUACAUCUACCAAGCCUACGAAACCAUCCUGAAGAACUAA